GGGAGGCGGAGGCAGGCAGAUUUCUGUGAGUUCCAGGCCAGCUGAGGCUACAGGGAGCCCCAGUCUCAAAAAGACAACAAAAUAAUUACAUUUACUGUGAGAAAGAAAACCAUAGCGCGUAUGUACUGGCCAGGGUACAAGUUCCAAAAAGUCAGUUCUCUUCCACCAUGUGGGCCCUGGAAAUUAAACUCAGGUCCUCAGUCAUGGUGUCAAGCACCCUUAACUGCAGUCAUCUGGUAGGCUUAGCACACUCUUGGUCUAGAGUAACUGAGUAACUUAUGGUCCAAACCAGGGCACUUUUGAGAAAUGCAGUAUGAUCAUCAUGCCAGGACAACAGGCACGCACUAAGACUGUCCUAAAGCACAGCUGUGGUCCUCCAUCAGCGUUUCAAUAGGGCCAGACAUCUGGCUUCCAAUCCAGCCUUCCACCUGCUCCACACCAGCUGUUUAUGCAGGGCUGGCUUGCUCAUUUCUGGAGGAUCCAAAUCUACUUAAUCGUUGAAACACGUGAGCUGCUUAUAGCCUUAAGUACUUUUCAAGUACAGGACCUGUGCUGCGCACAUUACCCGCAUCACCUCAGCUGAUUCUCACUCAAUGGAGGUGAGCGGAUUUAUCAUCCAUUUAGGAAAGGUUACACCCGCGGUACAGGGGCAGGAGUGUGAAACCAAAGAUCCCCAGAUCUUACUAGCUGUGCUGUGUACCUCCCAUUUUUCCUGACCUCCCUUCAUCCUGCCUCCAAGCUGCAGGCAACCAGCGGUAUAUGCAGCACCAGUUCAACAGCAGGUGGCAUUCUUCUCCUUUCAAGCUGGCCGAUCCGCUUUUUAAGAAGCCACAAGUGGGUGGAGCUACUAGUCUAUAAUGCCGGAAGGGAACCGGGCAAGGGACAUUUGGCAACUACGUCCUAGGCUACGUUAAAUUGUGUAGCCCACGUGGUUUUUUUUUUCUGCAGUGCCGGAGUAGAACCCAGUCAUGCUCAAGCUGGGCAGGCAGUCUACACCUGAACUACACAACCUCAGCUUCUCAAUGAGGCUUAAGGAUUGUAUGCAGUAUGUCAGUGUGGAAAGCUCCUACGCGGCCUCUUCUUAGAACAGUCCAAACGCCCAAAGCCAUCUUUAUAGCCUGUACCCGCAACUCCGCCCACAGCUGGGAUCCUUCUCGAGUUAACUUGUAAACCUGCUAAUGGGACAAAAUUCGACUCGUGUCAUCUGGUUACCGAGUAAGGACAGAAAACAUUCCAGGGCCUGAGAGGGCGACAGACUGGCUGGAACCAGCAGAGUCCAGCGGAGGCUAGGACCCUGUGUCCACAACGUCCAUAGCCGACGUCACCGGGACCCCGCCUCCGCUUUGGCAAUUGAGCCAGAGCCCCCAGAUUUCCAGCCUGCACCAUGCCGAAAAAGGUCCUCCGGCCCCCGUGGGUAUGUUUGGAGGGGAAACUGAGGCAGGGGCGUGCGCCUGGCCUCACUCCUCCCCGUCCACACCCCAGUAACAGCAAAGCUGUUUUCCCCGUCCUCAGGACCACACGGGACAGCGCGGAAGGACCGGGCGAUGGGGAGGGGGCCGAAAGCAAUCAAGGUCUGGGGAGUCAGCCAACUCUGCCACACUCAAGAUGGCGGAGCGGCCGUGGCGCGGUCCCUCAGAGGCGGUACUAACGCAUGCGCAGCGCAGAGUCCCGGCCCGGGACACAAGAUGGCGGCAGCGGCGCUGGGGAGGGCGAGGCGGAGGCGGCAAAACGGGCGGUGGAGCAGAACGUGUAGCCGCAUUCGCUCGGGUCCGCUUCAGGCAGCUGCUGAUGCAAGGCGUCCCCUGGGCCCCUGUCAACUACACUGCUGACCAGCCCACCCACCUGUGCUACGCCUUCUUGUGGGCCUUUCCCCUGCUUCUGUGGGAACCCUGUGACGUGGGUUCAGUCCAGCCAGAGAAGAAAACCCUCUCAUGUUAGUGUUGCAGACCCCAGAGGACGUCUAUGACUGAGUGUACAAUAAAAUUAAUGUUCCAAUGAUUCCUAUGAUGUCGUCAACAGCCAAUCAGGGCUCCUGAUCAGCAUGAGCUAAUCAGUGGGGCCAGAAUGAGUUGGUCCCGCGUGGGUGCUGAGAUGGCCAAUGAGAAUCACGGCAGCCCCCGGGAGGAAGCAUCCCUUCUGAGUCACUCCCCAGGCACCUCCAAUCAGAGCCAGCCCUGUUCUCCAAAGCCAGUCCGCCUGGUUCAGGACCUCCCAGAGGAGCUGGUGCAUGCAGGCUGGGAGAAGUGCUGGAGCCGGAGGGAGAACCGUCCCUACUACUUCAACCGAUUCACCAACCAGUCCUUGUGGGAGAUGCCUGUGCUGGGCCAGCAUGAUGUGAUUUCGGACCCUUUGGGGCUGAAUGCGACCCCACUGCCCCAAGACUCAAGCUUGGUGGAAACUUCCCCUGCUGAGAGCAAGCCCAGGAAGCGGCAGCUCUCAGAUGAGCAGCCGAGUGGCAAUGGUGUGAAGAAGCCGAAGAUUGAAAUCCCUGUGACACCCACAAGCCAGUCAGUGCCCAGCUCCCCCAGUGUCCCAGGAACCCCAACAUUAAAGAUUUGGGGUGCAUCCCCUGAAGAUAAACAGGCAGCUCUCCUCCGACCUACUGAGGUGUACUGGGACCUGGACAUCCAGACCAAUGCUGUCAUCAAGCACAGGGGUCCUUCAGAGGUCCUGCCCCCGCAUCCUGAAGUGGAGCUGCUCCGCUCUCAGCUCAUCUUGAAGCUUCGGCAGCACUACCGGGAGCUGUGCCAGCAGCGAGAGGGCAUUGACCCUCCUCGGGAAUCUUUCAACCGCUGGAUGCUGGAGCGUAAAGUGGUGGACAAAGGAUCUGACCCCUUGUUGCCGAGCAACUGUGAACCAGUUGUGUCACCAUCCAUGUUUCGUGAAAUUAUGAAUGACAUUCCCAUCAGGUUAUCCCGAAUCAAGUUCCGGGAGGAAGCCAAGCGUCUGCUCUUUAAAUAUGCAGAAGCUGCCAGGCGGCUCAUCGAGUCCAGGAGUGCCUCCCCUGACAGCAGGAAGGUGGUCAAGUGGAAUGUGGAAGAUACCUUCAGCUGGCUUCGGAAGGACCACUCAGCCUCCAAGGAGGACUACAUGGACCGCCUGGAGCACCUGAGGAGGCAGUGUGGGCCUCAUGUCUCAGCUGCAGCCAAGGAUUCUGUGGAGGGCAUCUGCAGUAAGAUCUACCACAUCUCCCUGGAAUAUGUUAAACGGAUCCGAGAAAAACACCUUGCCAUCCUCAAGGAAAACAACAUCCCAGAGGAGGUGGAAGCCUCAGAAUUGGAGCCCCGCCUGGUGUACUGCUACCCAGUGCGGCUGGCCGUGUCUGCACCCCCCAUGCCUAGUGUGGAGAUGCACAUGGAGAAUAAUGUGGUCUGCAUCCGCUAUAAGGGAGAGAUGGUCAAGGUCAGCCGUAACUACUUCAGCAAGCUGUGGCUUCUUUACCGCUAUGGCUGUGUUGAUGACUCUGCCUUUGAGAGGUUCCUGCCUCGAGUAUGGUGUCUUCUCCGACGAUACCAGAUGAUGUUUGGUGUGGGCCUCUAUGAGGGGACUGGUCUGCAGGGAUCACUGCCUGUACACGUCUUUGAGGCCCUCCACCGACUUUUCGGUGUCAGCUUUGAGUGCUUCGCCUCACCCCUCAACUGCUACUUCCGCCAGUACUGCUCUGCCUUCCCGGACACAGAUGGCUACUUUGGCUCCCGAGGGCCCUGCCUGGACUUCAACCCGCUGAGUGGUUCCUUUGAGGCCAACCCUCCAUUCUGCGAGGAGCUCAUGGAUGCUAUGGUCUCUCACUUCGAGAAACUGCUAGAGAGCUCACUAGAGCCCCUGUCCUUCAUUGUGUUCAUCCCUGAGUGGCGGGAGCCCCCCACACCAGCGCUCACCCGAAUGGAGCAGAGCCGCUUCAAACGCCACCAGCUGAUCUUGCCUGCCUUUGAGCACGAGUACCGCAGUGGCUCCCAGCACAUCUGCAAGAAGGAGGAGAUGCACUACAAGGCUGUCCACAACACGGCUGUGCUCUUCCUCCAGAAUGACCCCGGCUUCUCCAAGUGGGGGCCAACACCUGAGCGGCUGCAGGAGCUCACCACUGCCUAUAAGCAGUCAGGCCGCAGCCAUGGCUCCAGCUCUUCCUCAUCCUCCUCUGAGGCCAAGGACCGAGACUCAGGCCGAGAUCAGGGCCCUAGCCGCGAGCCUCACCCCACUUAACAUACUCUGUGGGGAGGAAGAGCCCCAGGACUGCCAUUACAGACUGCUGGGACUCAGGCCUCUCUAGGCUGAGCAGGCUCCAGGGCCCCCCUACCUGGGGUGGCAGCAGGACUUGGGCUGCCACUGACAUAGGAAUAUUAUGGGUCUGCCAGGGCUCCCCCUCCCUUCCCUAUCCCCACCUCAGAUUCAACCCAAGCCCCUUGUACAUAGGCCCGUGCCACCCCAGUCCCACACUGACCCCUGUUGCUGCCUUGUUUCAUUUGUAAAAGGAAAUACAAAAACUCCCUGAGA